AUGUAAAAAACUAAAAAAUAUUAUUAAAAAAUCAAAAAUUAAAUAAUCUUCAUUUAAAGAUAAUUUAAACCAAUUAUUGUUAAAUCUUUAUCGAAACAUAAAGAAUUUUUAAAUUUUGAUAAAAAGGAAACUAUUCAAUUUAAUGAAUUUCAAAAGAAUAAUAAUAAAAAUUUACUAGAUUAUGAAAAAUUAUUAAAUUAAUAAUUUGAUGAUCAAAAGAUUAAAAUAUUUUAAAUAAUUUUGAAUUUAGAAUUUUUGGUUGAUCUUUCAGACAUUUGUUAAGGUUGGCUAUAAAAUUAUAGUUUAUAUUGGUCAAAAUGUUUUCAUAAAAAUAAACCAAUAUAAUUUUUAGAAGUUUCUGAGGCUUAAACCUUUGUGAUUGAUGCAGUAGGUAAAGUGUAUUAAUGGGGUUUGAUUGAUGAAAUCUUAGUUAAGAGUAAUGUGAAGUAUUUUUAAGUAGGUGAAAAUUUAGCAAUUUAUUAAACUGAUAAAUGGAAUUGUUUAAAUCUUGAUGAGAAAUAAACAAAGCAAAAUAUCACUUCUAAUUAUUCAUGGAUGUAUAUUAAAAGCAAUUAAAUAUUUGGUUAUAAAGAUAAUUGUAUUGAUAGUUUUAUAUAUUCAAAAAAUUAAGCUAUUAGAAAUUGUUCUUUAGAAUUUAAAAGGUCAAUUGAUUAAAUAUCUUGUGGACAUAAUUUUGUCUUAUAUCUUACAAAGGGAUAAUUAUGGUCAGUCGGUUCUAAUAAAUAUGGAUAAUUAGGUUUGGGAGAUUAUAAUGUAAAUAUGAAAAUUAACUCAGGAUAGGAAUUCACCAUGUUAAACAUAAAUUGAAAACAUAAAUUGGAUAGAGUGUGGCUAGACACAUGCUAUAUUUAAGUCAUUUAAAAAGUGUUAUGGAUUUGGAAAUAAUAAAUAUGGAUAGUUAGGAUUAUCUAAAAAAUAUUAUAAUAGUCCUUAAUGUCUAAUAAAUCCUAUAAAUGAAAAUAUAUUAUCAAUUUCAGCAUCCUUUAGAGGUACAUUAUUUAUAUCAGAGUCUAAUAAAAUCUUUAUGACAGGACAAUGUAAUAAUUUUAAGUCAAAUAAGUUCAUCUAAUAUAUUGACGUAAAAAUAUUCAUUUAUAUAAAUUUAGUAUCCUUUUUUAAAUAAAUAACAUUAUAUUCCAAUAAAAAUAUAAUGUAGUUGGAGUAAAACAAUAUCUAUUAUAAACUGUAGAUUCAUAUUUGAAAAUUUGUAUAAUAUAUUGUAAAUAAUAUAGAUAUAAUGUAAAUACAGUGAAAAAAAAUAAGAGUAUACAUUAAUUUAUACAAUUGUAUUAAAAUCAUUCACCAAACUUAGUAGAUCCUCCUAAAUGUGAAUUUGUUUAAUAAUAUUGCUUAUAGAUAUAUAAUAAGUUAUAAUAACAUGUAGAUCAAAAAGUAACAGGUAAAAACUAUUAAGAAUAGAAAUAAGUAAAAUUUGAACGUAAAAAUAUAGAAUAAAUAAAAUAAUAAAUAAUAGCAUUGUAAAACAAACCUAAAAACAAAUGGAACAUUGAUGAUCACAGAUUUUUAGAAACAGUUAAUAUGCUGAAUAUAUUGAAUUAAAUCAUUUGA